AUGUCCGAUUCCGAAAUGUUUUAUGACUCGGAAGAUAGCAACAGGCCCUCUGUUAGCAACGACAGCAGUGACAGCAGCUAUCACGAUCGUUCGGGUAGAAAGCGGAAGUUGACACCGUCAAGGUCCACUGCGUCAACACCCGAGAUUUCGAGUGUCAAAACACCGAGCCCAGCAAAGUACCCGAAUCUCACGUCCACUCCAGCAUCAAAACCCAGGCAGAGUAAUGGCAUGCCAGACACACCCACAGGCAGACCAAAGACAACCUUUGUGGGUCAAGAGACAGCAGUACAUGAUGCAUAUAAGCAUGCACUAGAGGAUGGGUCAUCUGAGUGGCAGACGAAAGUGGCUGACAAAAGGACAAAGCCCUCCUCUGACAUCAAUAAAAACACCACUGAGGCAGUGAAAGUGUUUGUGAAAGGCAUAUAUCCUGAUGUACAGGAGGGAAUCAUACAAAUAGCCAUUGACACAUACUUUGAUUCGAUGGCACAAAAGCACCACAAAGAGAGGAUGGGGAAAGUGGACCAACACAAGAACAAGAUGGUCCACUAUAGUAGGAGGAAAAGGAAAUUACAAUGGAGAACAUCGAUGAUCUCCAAGAAAGCAGGUUGGGAGGAGGCAAAAAAGGCCAAGAUCUAUGCUGUAAUGGACAUGACUCUUAUGUCCUCCGAGGAAGAGGUUUUCUCUGAUGAUGAUCAAGAGAAGUUAUUUUUCAAAAUUAAACCUCUUCCUUGGAGGUCAGAUGAGAUGAAUGAAGUAAUCAAACAGCUUAACCAAAAAUAUGAACGAUAUCCGUCAAGCAGAUCGAAACGACAAAUGGUAAAGAGGGUCCAAGGAGACAUUCGUUCUACCAGAGCAAAACCCACUCAUUUUAAAGAAGAGCAGGAAUGGGUAUUUACCAAUUAAUUCAAAUUAAACAUGUUAGCCAAAUAUUUUGAAAUAAUUUAGUUCAGUCCAGAUUAAUAAUUGUUUUCAUUUUUGUUGAUAGCUGGGCCUUUUAAAUAUACAUGUAUUAACAAUAGUCGGAAAGAUGAAAUUCUUCAGGAACCCUGUUUACUAUUUGUUGUUUCAAUCUUAAAGGGGCAUGGACACAAUUUAGGUAGAAAAUUUGCAUAACAACUGACACUCAAAUUUUAGCUGAUCAUUAGGAAUAUUUUAAUUAAC